UGGAUGCACUAGGUUUAAGUUUAAUUAAAACAAACUUCAGUUUUUAUCCUCAGACAUCUAAUUUAGGCCAAUACAAUUUUUGUUAUUUUAGAUUAAAAUCGAGUUAAAAGAUCUAUCAAGUUGUUUAUUUAUAUAUUCGCACGAACUAAUUUACAAUCAUAUCUUUCAUGUGUUACAUUUUAUUAAUAUGUUAAACAAUAAAUUCAACGAAUAACAUUUGUUAAAUAAAACAAGUUACAUAUUGUAAAAAGUCGUUUUUAACAUUCUUAACGCGUAACCGGUAUCUGGGUGGGUUAUCUCUCCCUAGUGAAUUAUCUUGGUCCGGCUGUUUUCCCGUGGCCGUUUAGACUGGGAACAACAUUAUUUUGCUGACAUGAAGGGAAUAAACUAAACGGCAAAAACAUUGCAUACUAAUAAUAUUAUAUUGUUUACAAUGGUUGCGUUUGGCAUAAAGUGAUACUUUGUCAUCUUGCAGCUGUUCAGGCAUUUGUACAACUGUAAACAAAAACAGGGGUCUAUAGGUGGAGGUCACCACUGCAAUUCAAUACCACUGAGUACUGGAAAAGCAUGAAAUCGCGACCCUCUGACCCCGCUGAAACAAACAAAAGACCCCGUAACAAAGACAACCGCGUUAACAAUGUGCAUAACAACUGAGAGAUAGCAGAAUGGGCUACAAUACGACCUGCUUUAUUCUGUAACAAAACACCUCCCUGUUGUUCAUAUAUAAUUAGACAAAACUUUGCACGUUGCAAAGUGGCAGCGCUGGAUUUGGAGGACUUUGGAUCGGUGGACUUUGAGAGGUUUCGUUUGCGGUACUAUCAUCAUGACUUUACUACCGAGGAUCGUGCGGUUGGUGAGGAGAGGCUCUUCCUCGUUUCACUUUCAAUGUACUGCCAACAUGUCAUCGAAUAACCGGAGACUUCGAGUACUGGUGGACAUGGACGGUGUACUUGCAGAUUUCGAGGGAGGAUUUUUAAAGAAAUUCAAGGCGAGGUAUCCGAACGAGCCGUAUAUAUCUUUAGAGGACAGACGAGGCUUCUGGGUAUCGACACAGUACGGGGAAUUGAGAAGUGACCUGUUUGACAAGGCCGUAAGCAUUUGGGAGUCAAAAGACUUUUUCAUGGAGCUGGACCCUCUACCUGGAGGUGUGGAAGCUGUGAAGGAGAUGUCCAAGAUGGAAAAUACAGAUGUCUUCAUUUGCACCAGUCCAAUAAAGCAUUACAGCUACUGUCCAUAUGAAAAGUAUGCAUGGGUAGAGAAACACCUGGGCCCUAACUUCCUGGAGCAGAUUAUCCUGACCAGAGACAAGACCAUAGUGACCGGAGACGUUCUCAUAGAUGACAAACCUGAUAUCCUGGGUGUGGAGCCCAAUCCUACCUGGGAACACAUCUUAUUCAGUGCCUGUCACAACAAGCACCUGCCACUGAACCCCUCCCAACGGCGACUUCUGUCCUGGUCGGAUGAUUGGAGGGAAAUGCUGGCAAGUAAGCGCCAGUAACCCUACAACCUCAAACAGCAUCAUCUUGCACCAGGUGCUGUCAUACACUCAGUCAAUGAUAAGGGGGAGCAAGCUGAUUGACGCACAAAUUUUAGAAUGAUAACAAUGUAAUAUAGUUAAAUAUAACAUACAUCCCUCAUACAGUAUUACUCUCUAAAGGUUCAUAAUAAUGCCUUUUAUUGUUUGCAUGAUCCAAGGCAUUGUUGAAAAUAUUAAGUAAAGGAGAGGAUGAGGGAUGCAAACAAGUUUGAUUUUAAUAUAGAAUACUGUAUGUGUUCAUUUGUGACUGAUUUGAUUUUUAGCAUCACUUUAGUGUCGUUUUAUUGUUUAUUAUGCUUAUACUCAGAAUUUUGUUUACAUUAAAUGUACAUAAGCAUAAACUGCCUUCCUCUUUAAUAUAAAGAGGGUGGGAGAAAUAGUCUGUAAGGAUGGGAGAAUAACAAAAAUGGCACAUUUACAUAUUAGCCCAAACAUAAGCUACUUUAAUGGUUCAUCACUGUAAAAAAUGAUAUCAAAACAUAUUUUUAUGUUAAACAAACUAAGUUAAACAAUUUCAACAAGUCAAAACUUAAAAUAGUACGUUGAAUUGACUUGCAAUUGCAUAACAAAGUUGUUUAACUUUAUACUCCGGAUAUUAUUUGUGUUUUACUGAUAUGGGGUUUUUAAUGGCCUAUGUCUAUAUUGUAAAAGCAAUGAGGCCGAUAAUUACAGUAAAUAGGAGACAAAAAGAAAAUAGGUAAAACUAAAUAAAUAUGCAUACCCUUUAUAACUACUUGAAAAGACAUUUGUUUUGCGGAUCUGAGACCUCACGUUACUGUUUGAAUAAGACUUUGCUACACACCAGACCAGAGUGUCAUUGUGUGUAACACAACGUAACAUCACGUUUAAAAGUAAAUCCUGAUUGGUGUCUGUCAGACACACUGGCGGCUCGUGACUUACUUUCCGAGGAGACACGAAUGCGAAACUCAUCAAAACAUUGUCAUGUGUGUAGAUCUUCAUGACAAAAUAUGUGUACGCAGAAAAUAUAUUGAAAUAUCGGCAGAUCGAUGGUCAUAUAUCAGUCCGUCAAUAGUUCUUAUCAUUAUGGUAGGAGUAUGCAUAUAUAAUUUUAUUUGAGGGAGAAUGUAUUACCCAAAGUAAGACACAUAUGUUCUUUAUUGUUAUAUAUCAUAAUUUAGCUAUGUUGUGAGUCUCACUAGUUGUCUAGAUCAGGCUGAACACUAUAUGUUUAGUUAAUAUACUGUGAUAUGUCCGACAAAACAAAGAAAGUUUUUUGGGCUUGUAGCACUCUUAACACUAGAGGGCACUCUAACUACAUAAAAAAACUUCUAAUACUUGGAUGCUGCUUUGUUUAAUGAUCCAGUGUUUAUUCAGAUCUCGCUCAGUAAUUUAUUGGUUUCAAGCAUGCAUUUUUGGGGCGCAGUUUAUGCCUUUGUUUGAUACUGGGGGUACGGGACCGGCAAAGCGCCUUGAUUCGAACUCAGGUUACUGAAAGUGCGUUUCAAAUAUAUGUCGGAGCACUGUCCACUACACCCUCGACUCCAAGAGUUUAUCUUUUAAUAAACUUUAUUAUGCCUUGAGGGUAGUUGAAAAUGUCAUUUUAAAGAAUAGUUAACCCAUAAUGUACAUUUUGCCAUCGUUUUGUCACUCUUGUAUUAUAUUAUCAUUAUUCUUUUGUGUUGUAAACAAGUAAAUGAAAAGCUGUGUAAGUGAUGACAACAUUUUAGGUAAACUAUGCCUUCCAUUAUCUACAAAUAAAAGUAGUGGUAAUAUUGUGUGUGAAAUAUAAUGCAUGAAUUCCCUUUUAUAUUUAUACAAAACACAAUGCAUUUAUCUUUCAUGAGCCAUUGUAGACAAUACUUAUACAGGCUCAGUCACACUCACAAAUCUUUUGUGUGAUUUUAAAACAAGACAGAGUUUAUCGUUCAUUUGCAAGAACAAACAAACAAAGUGUAAUCUUAAAGAUUAAAUAGUUUGGAGUAUUACAUGAAACCGCAGAUGAUGGAAAGAAUUGAAAAUGACAGAACGCUCUCUCUCCAGUGCUUUUGGGAACAUUAAGGCUCAAACACAAUGGAAAUGAGCUCAUGAAUUUAUUCAGGAUAUCAGCUAAUCAGACUUAGCUUUAGUGAAAUCCUUAAGGGAAAGAUUAAACUGAGCCUUUAUUAUAUGUGUAAAGUACAAAACAGCCAAACAAUGACACCCUGUAGGGUGAAUGUAAAAGGUGAAGUGCUAAACCCAGGCCUUUUGUGAUGCUAUUGCAAUCCUCCAUCAAUUGAGCUACAGGAACUGUGUAUGCAUUAAAAUGCAUUAAAGUCAAAAGUUAAUAGUUUACAUCAGUGGUCUCAAACUCCCGGCCCGCGGGCCAUUUGCGGCCCGCCCUCCCCCUCUCUGCGGCCCGCGUCACCUUUCAACAAUAUAACGUAAUCUGGCCCGCAGAAAGAUUUUUAUUUAAAUUCAAUUUUUUUAUUUAAACGUUUAAGGGUUCGGUCACAUGUCGCGUCUAACAACGCGAGUUAAAACGAGUCGAGGCGUUUCUUAAAGUAUGUUUACUUUUCAAAGUGCUUGCUUGGGAGCGGAGGUUGCGCAGCGUGGGAUCGCGUCACCCGUUGCUACGCAGCCACGAGCGCGCGCUCUGUGAUGGCGAGGGUAAUGGAAUGCGGGAUCGGAUUUUAAUUCCUCUCGCGUCAAUCAUAUCAUUGUCACAAUGCGAUCAGUUCAUCUGAUCGCGACUUUGUAUUGUUUGUCCAGAGAAGAUUUGUUACUUCCGGGUGGAUACUCUGUUACUCAGAGAAGAGCUGCUGUGGGGUUAUUACCGUAGUUCACAUCAAGUCACAGCUUCUAAUGGAGACACCGCAGUGGGAGAUGUAGUGCAACAGUUUAAUGUUAAACUACGGAUGAGAAAAUGACCCAUCAAAGUGCCCAGGUUAGGAAGAGAGGAAAGAUGAGGAGAAAUUACAGAGGAUACAAGUAUGUACACUUCUAUAUAUAAUGAAAUACAUAUGAAGUAUAAUACAUUAUUAUCUUGCUUGCUUAUACAGAGCAGUAUUAUUUAUUUUUACUGUCCAACUAGCUUAUGUAACAUUGACUACCCAUCCAAAUGUUUUAGGAUCACUUUCACUUAUUAAUAUUUUUCUAAAUAUAAUAGCAAAUUCAUUAAAACGGUGGAAUAACAAAAAGGAACAUAAUGAAGUCAAUACUAUGACUGAAAACAGUCAAAAAUAAAUAAAAACAG